AUGCUAAUGGAGAGCCGCUCGGCUGUGAUUGAUCCACGGAUUCGGGAAAAGAUCGAGUCCCUUGUCAGCUUCUUCUCGGAACCUGCACAUCCAACACAUAACUCACCGCGCCAUUAUACUCUUAAUCCCAAUACAGAGUUGUCGACUCCGGGACCAGUGCGGACAACUUUUCCACAACAUCCAGGAGGAGGACUAGGAUCUACAGGACCCUCAAUUACACCCAUGCUGCUCCUCUGUCCGGCUGAUUUCACUACCCUAUUCUACUUUGUUUGCCCUCAGCUCAAAUCAACUUACGUCACACCAGCCUCACUGGCCUCGACCAUCAACAUGACGAGGUCAAGCAGUUUCAAUGGGAAAAACGUCCCCGUCACUCGCCUGCGGACAUCUUCGGAAACGCCGCCAACGUAUCUUGCAGCAAUGAAGGCCGCCGCCAGUUCAGCCACUGUUGCAGCAGGACCAGGACCCGCCGCUAAAGGGAUUCACUCAUCAAACGUAGCCAGGACCCACAAAAGGGCUUCACCCAGCUUUUCGUUCUUCUCUGGAGCUUCUUCCUCCCUACCAUUCAAGGCGAAGCCACCUCAACCACCACCUCUGGAAAAAUCCCCAAGCGCACUCGCACCCUCUGACCAAGCGUCUAAUGGAUUGACUCUCCUAUCGUUAUCAGGAAUCAAGCCAGGUCAAGUUGCAUCUCCUCGUACGGCGACUAUUGAAGUCACCAGUUCUGCCGGGAUCGCAGCCGCAUCUAACCCUUGCCCCAUCCUGGACCCAAAGGACCAAUCAACCUCGACCGUAACACCGGCCACCCAUCCCUUCAUUUCCACCCACGCGCCAGUAACCACCUCGUCUGUGAAGAAUUGGGAUGAUAAAAGCUUGAUGCCUGAUCUCAAGGCGGCGAUUCAGGAGUUGAAGAGAGUUCAUCCAGGACCUCUCAAAGAAGUUCCAGGGGUUGCUUAUAAUCCAGGACUCACUCCACUGCGGGAGCCUUGGGCCUUGGCAUAUGUUCAGUACGAGGAGCCGAGCGGCGAGACUUUGGAAAGACCAUCAAGGAGCAACGGAGUUGGUUCGGACCGGAGUCAACUUGUCGAGGCUGGAUUGGCAUUGGCGCCCCCUUGUAUGGCGAUGGUGAUGGAGGCGACCGGAGUGACUGGUGGAUCGCGAAUUAUCACCGUCACCAAACCCAUGUUGGUCGACCAGGUUAUGGACUCUGCAGGAGGAGACAGUUUUGAGUCCAACAUGGAUGUUGACCUUGAUGUGGAAGCAUCGGACACGGAUUCGAUUAUGUCGUCGGAGGAUAGUGCGUUGGCUCAGAGAUCACAGCCCCUGACAUCAGAGGACAAGGACAUGUCUAUCUUGCGUGUGAACAGUAGCCAAAUGUUGUCGGCGGUCGAUCAGUCAGGAACAAAGACGAUCCCAGUUGCCAGAGAUCGUCCAGGAGACCUCAUCGACAGCCACCACUCUCAGGCUCAAUUUGAUACAUCCAGGGUCGUCAACGCGAGGAGAUUGGCGGCAGAUCGAGCUUGGAAGACCAGGAUCCGACAUACUGUUCGUUCAGAGUCCGAUCUGCCUGAGGAGAUCAGGACGGUGGCCCGGUCGAUCUUCAAGUUGCUUCGGGAGUUUGAUCUGUUUCCUGUCGACCUAUACGGAGGACAUUAUGGACACUGCCUCGACUCAACUACUUCUGAUGUGACUCACGAGAGCAUCCGGUCUCUCCUCUUGCAAGGGGUCGAGCAGGCGCGGGCUUCUGGCAACCAUGCGGCAGCGAUCGGAUUCAACCACUCGCUUCAGGUUCUGGCCUCCUCUCAGGUGCUUCGGCAGCUAGAUGGCUCCAAGCUGAUCUACCUGUUGGCGAUGCCGAUCAAGCAUCGAUUGGAGCACCGGGCCAAGAGAGCGAGCAGCAGGACGCUUUGGGAGGGAUUCGCUCACUCGUGGCAUACGCGGAUCGUCUCUGCUAUCGAACGCAAGCGAGAGGGACUUUCGGCUCUCAGGAUCAAGAUGUACUAUGUGACUUGCGUCCGGACAUCAAGAGCAUUCGAAAAGUCGUUCGGGGUCGUGGCUACGCUCAGUCGACUGAACAGGAAUUUGAUGAGAAAGUACCUCACCGCGGAGGAGUGGGAGCGUCUUCACGGCCUUUUCCCCAGCUGGAGUGAGCCUGAGCUCAGGUCUGCAGGAUCACGUCGACCUGGUUGUGAGAUGGAAGGAUGCAAAGGUGCGUGUCAGGAUCACGCAUACCAAUCGGUCUACGGCGAUGCCUCUGGAUACUCGGGAGAAUCUGGUUUGCGCAGGGCUGUCGGGAAGACUGGCCACACUGCUCAGGUGCUGAGGCCGUCCAAACCUCGACGGAGCAGCUUCAGUGCAUACAUCGACAACAUGGCAUCGCGUUCUUUUGGGUCCCACUCUACCAUGGAGAGCAACCUCGGUCACUUGCGAGAGAGGGAGCAGACCGUGUUUUCGUCCAGCUAUAACCCCAGCAACCCAGGAAUGCCUUGGACGAAUGCUCACACUCUCGGCCAACCAGGAUCUUCGGGAUUUCUAGGAGAAGCUGCUGAGGCCCAAAGCGAUUUCAUCAUGGACGCGCGCGAGGUGGAGGCUGUGCAACGCUGGGUCACGGAUACUGGGAUUCACAACUUUUUGCCAGGCGAAGACAACUUUUUGCGGUUUUGCAUGGAGAUCGAAUCGGUUGUUAAGGGAGUUGGUCUUGGUGGGACCGGUAUCCUGAUGCCCACCACACAGACAACUCAUGCGACUCAGAGUGGACCUUUGCUGCCGUUUCUAGCCAACUGCGGAAGCGACUUUUUCGUCAAGGAAGUCGCCAAGCUUAACGGACAGUUCAUUAUCGGAAUGGGCCCUGCUGAGACUGCCGCCCAAACCAAGUCGAGUAGCAGUGCAUCGGGAAUGGCAGAGUUCAUCGUCAAUUCGUUCAAGAACGGGAGUGUGGCGUCUUCUGCACCCAGUACCAACCAGUUCUUCUCGCCGGCGGCUUCAUCGAAUAACAGCAAUCAUGGAGCAGCCCUCAACAGCAGCAGCAGCGUCAGUUCUCAGUCCUCGCAGUCCUCUGUCUACAGCACCAACGGAGGUAGCACCGGCGCGCGGUCAAAGGGAGUGCAUCGACAGCCACUCCAGGGGGGUCAUCAGUCGACACCGGAAACCAUCCCAAUCUUGCCGGACGACCCGACCUCGAUUUACGCGUCGCAUCCCGGACCGACAUAUGCGCUCUACAACACUCCUUAUCCGAUCACCUCUCAUGGCACAUCAGCAUCCUACAGCAGCUCCACAACGCCUGGAGGAGGAUCUUCGACCAUCCUGCCACACCAGCUGAUGCAGCUUCCCAAGGAUAUGCCAGAGUUCAUGAGGAGGGUGCAGCUCAAGUUGACCAGCUUCCUUCUCUCAGAGUGGCUGGAUCUGUUUGGCGAGGUGGAGGCCGAUCGGUGGUUCAUCGAGUUCUUGACAGAGAUGGGGGAUCGCGAGAUUCGAGAUGGCGUCGACGCACACUGUUGUGAUGGAGAAUCUCACUCUGAGCAGGACUGCAACGAGGAUGGAGUGGAUUUAUACCAGAACCAGAUGGACCUAGGCGAUAAAUCGCAUGUUGAUUCGUGCCCAGACCACCUUCGCCCAGAUUCGCGGUCAUCGAUGGCCUCGCGACAUACCCAGGAUUCCUCCUUUGAAUCUUUUCUCCUUCCUGCAGAUCAAGGGUCGUCUCCCGUAGCAAGCCGAACAUCCUCUCAACUGAGUGCCCGCAGCGAGCCGCUGGUUAUGUUGAACAGCCGACCCAAGAGCGACUCCACUGAGCGCCCCAAGAACUCGGGCAAAAGUCUACUCAAUGUUCAAGUUAAGAAUCUCCCUGAGAAGCGACCUUCAAGAGAGCCGCCUGGUCCAGGAUCCACGGAGCCUUACGACAUGGCGGAAGCAUAUAGAGCGACCAUGGACCAGUUCAACUUGGCAAAGUCCCCCUAUCAGAAGCUGGGGCAUCUCUUUGCUCUGGAGCAGCUAAUCGUUGCAUCGCUUUCGUACCCUGACUCGUGUGCAGGAGGUCCUUUGCCCCGGUUGUUCUCAACCUCUCAUCUCCAGCAGGAAACACGACCAUCGCAUUCACGUCCAAGGCCCUCCAAGGACAUGGAGCAAGAAGUCUUUGUGUCGCCUCGUAUGCUAACUCCAGGCACAGACGCCAUUGUUGACGAGAUUGAGCGGCUCUUCCGACAUCCUGAUGUCCUGCGACCAAGACAUCUCUUGCGCGAUAUGCAAUUGAUCGCGACGUUCAUCCCUGGGAAUAUCUUGGACCUCCGAUACGACGGCAAGGCCUUCUGGGACAUGGCGAUGGCAAUCUCGAUCUUGAAAAACGAUGUGAUCGAGUAUGUGGUUGCGAAGGGAACGCGAUAUGUGGAUGUCGAAGAGAGCUCUAGGACGAGGCAGGAGUCUGAUAGGUCGGGCAGCAGGAACAUCAUGCAAGAUGACGAGGAACGGACGCGGAUGUCUGAAGCCGUGCGCCUCUUUACUAUCGGUGCCAAAGAGUCUCAUCAGGUGGCUCAAAGAGAGCUCGCAAUCCUGUACAUGUCGCUCCCGAUUCUCCCGUCAUCCUCGUCUCCAACGAUCGGAUACGCCAAAUCGGAUGGCUCUCCUCUCAUCUCUCAGAUCAGCCGCGUCCCCUCACCCAUUUCCAUCGGCACGACGAGAUAUGGUCGCUCCAACACUAUAAGCAGCACGAGCACAGGAAGAACCAACACCCCUCCACCACCACCAUCCCCCAAGGGUACGCUCUCGGGCUCGAUCUUUGGAAAAUCCAGCACCGCCAGUAUUCCCAUCAAGCAGAGGUCGCGUCAUCAGCACAGCAACAGUGGUAGUGGUAGUAGUUUUGGGAGCGGUGUCCUGAGUGGGUUGGGGAUCAUGACUGGUUUGGGCUCGUUCACGGGAUCAUCAUCAAUUGGGUCUGGAAACUCGGAACCGCCCAACAAUUCUUCGACGGCGUCGCUGUUGCAGCACCAGCUUCAGCAGCAUCAUCAUCAGCAACAGCUACAGCCGCCACCGAUGAUAGAGUUUGCGGAGGGCCAUCAUCCCCAUGAUGUGGAUCAGCAGUACAUGGACACGCAUCAUGCAGUUGGGCGACAUUCGACUCCGGCGGGGAUGAUGUUUAUGGGAGGCUCUUCGCACCACAACAAUGGCAACGCGAUGUCUCAGCAUCCUUAUCAUCAUCACCUCAGCCAUCAACAACAGUACCGGAACCAACAUCAUCAGCAGCAGCACCAGUCUGGUGGUGAGCCAGACAAGUUCAACCCCGAGAACCUAGCAGCAGCAAUGCAUUGGUUCAAGUUGGCGGCUGCUCAGGGCGACAAGUUCUCAAUCAACUUUUUGAAGCACAAGGAGACUGCUGGAGGCAUGAUCGGAGGACUCGGUUAG